AUGGAGCACGUCGCAGAACACCCAUUCCGCACCAAGCGGAGAAAGCUGGACGAUGAGGCACCUGCAAGAGAGGAUGCGUCCAUCACUUCUCCGGCCCAGUUGCGCGACCUGCUUGUUUUUCAGCAGGAUGCUCCCGCUGCCAAGCAAGGCAUCAUCAAGUUCAAAGAAUUUUUGAACUCAAUAGGCCAAGCAGGGAACGAGAGUGACAAGGCGCAGAGUCUCCGCGUUCUCAAGGCCUAUUGCGAUAAGCAGAUUUCUCAUCAUGGACCGGACGAGGACCCCGUCUGCUUCCCGGACCUCAUCCAGACCUGGGCAUUCGGAGACAGCAACAACAAUGAGCCUCUGCUGACCAAUGUUCCCUCUGUUCUGGCCAUCUUCUUCAAGACCAUCUCGCGGGAACUCGAGUUCCGCGAGUUUGGGCUUGCGCUAUGCAAGCAUCUGCUGCAGAAGGAUCAGCUGCGGCUCUUCAACCGGGGCCUGACGGCGACAAAGACUAAAGAGCAUCUCAUCUCGCCCUGUCUGCGUCUGCUCACGGAGAUUGUGUCAUUCGAUGGUGGCGUCGUGGCCCGCCAGCUGUACUCCCGGCGGUACAUCACGUUCAAGCGCCUUGAGGUCUUUUUGACGCCCAACAAAGCACAGCUGGAGAAUGCAGAGGACGAAUCUCACAAGUCGACUCUCCGGCGAAAUGCCCAGCGGUACUUACUCGCUAACCUGCGAGUCCAGCAUGUCGCCGACAAGAGCGACAUUAUCGAGCAGCACAAAAUCACCAAAGGUUUCCUCGAGUAUGUCCGAAAGGAUUCGAGGGAUAUCGUGCUGGAUAUCAUAAAGUCGAUUGAGAGAGACAUCGUUCAAGAUGCUGUGCUUGCUCGCAAAUCCAAGAGCAAGUUCUUCAACCGCGGCAACCUGGAGAGACUCGUGACGCUCUACGGAUACGAUCGGGAAUCGGAAGAACCCAAUCCAGACGGCGUAUCCGUCGCAAAUGAGAUACACCGGGUCAUGAUGAAUGUUUGCAAAACCGCCGGACUUGGUGUUCUUUUGCCAGAAACUGGCUGGUAUCCCGUCGGUACUGACCCCGAGACUUUGCCACUCGAAGACGACGAAACCAUUGAGCUGGGUCUUGAUUCGCCCAUUUACGUUGACAAGUAUCGCGAUUCGGUUCCCGUUCGGAAUGGCUCACUGUCGCACCUUAUCCAAUGUCUUCGUCCCGAUGUGGAUAGUCUUCAGAUCGAGCUGCUGGUGACCAUCUUCAAGGUGGCACCGGAGCUUGUGGCUGAUUUCUUCACCAGAAAGACCAUGUUUACAUCCGAUCCCAAAGCCACUCCCUCGUGGAUGGCGGAGUCAGCUCUGCUCUUCUCGACGGUGCAAUUGCCCGUUCCUACGAACUGCGGCUGGAAGGAAAAACAGCCUGCCCUGCCACCGCCUAUCUCGAUCGUUAUCGAGAACAUUCUUCCUCGACCUCUGAACCAGAAGAUUUUGACACGGUGUCUGAAUCAGAACGCGGAGAUCAUCACGUUGUUCGCCGUGCGGAUCUUGACCGUCGCAUUCAGUAAACUGAAGACCGUUCUCGCAAUGUUCCGUGCUGAACAUGCCCAGGCUCAAUUGUUUUGGAGCCAAGCUGCUACCAAGCUACUUGCCGAGUUUUCUCGCCGAUGCCCUGAGGUGAAAGAUGUCAUUACUCUAUUCCGACGAACCGCCAAGGACGACUUGCAGCAGCAGGAAGCUGUGUCAGAGCUGCUCACUUGCUUCUACGAGGUCAUGCCAGACAUUGCACUGGAAGAGAAUUUUGAUGUUUCAAUGGUCUUGGUAGACGUGUUGAAACGACUUGAUGCAUCUGAUCUUAGCACAGACGACUCCGAAUUGCUCUUGAGUCAGCUGCAGAGCAUUUUGCGGAUUGCACAGCAGUCUGCGUCCUUGCGUUGGUGGCAACAACCAGCGUCCAUGUCAUACUCUCCAUUUACAUCGAUUCUCAAGGUCCUUGUGGAGACAUCGGACAAAAAUUCGGCGCGGCGCAUCUCUACUCUUUUGAGGACCGUUCUGACUGAAGAAAAUUCUAUUCUGCUCAACUCGCCUCAAUCAUUUGUCGCGUUAUUGGCAAGUCUGGAGGACUCCGAGUCUGACUUUCUGCACAGGCAGUUGAUGUUUUUUGAUAACUGCGUGUGUCGGGUUGCCAAGAAGCCGGUUCACUACCUAGACCUCAUCGAUUCCUUAUCCGCCGAUGCGGCCGGAAGAGUUAGCCCCAUUGUUGCCGCUAUCACUGAACAGUGGCCAUUUAUCGUCAAGAGCGGCGAUGCCACGGCUGAGGCCGCUGUUGGUUCCUGGAUUGCCAAAUUACUUGGAAAUUUGAAGAAAGCAAAAGAGCACCAACCAGCUUUGAAAGCUGCUCAGGAUGCUUUGGUUGAAGCCACUGAGGGCAAGAAAACUCGUUCCCUUUUCAAGAAAGCCCUGAAAGAAGCCGCGGAGGUCGAUGAAGGAGACCGGAUGGACAUAGACUCCGACCCGACAGUGCCUGCUGCAUCCCACAAGCCUGCGGAAGUUGAUCUGGACGAGAUCUUUGGCUCCUUGCCUACCGAGGGAACAACCCACAACGCGCUGCACCGUUGGGAACGGGAGGAUGUAGAAGCGGCAGUGGAGCAAGGACAUAUCGCCGAACUGAUGCUCUGCCUGUGUUCCCAACACGAGGAAGUCCGACGCCAGGCGUUUGCCAAUAUCAUCCGCUUCAUGGCGAAGCUUAAGGAGUCGAACUAUGCCGAGUGGCGCUCGGUAUACAUUCUCACAGGUGAACUGUUAGAGAGCGUCAACAAAAUGGGACUGGAGCAACCAAUUCCUUGGAUUGUUGGCGAAUGCGCUUCCAGUUCUCUGUCAGUUUUGAUCAACCCACUGCACAAGGUCUACGGGAAAGUCAACAAGUUCCUGCAAAAGGCGCCUUCUUGGGAAUCCGAGAAGAUCCCGUCGUAUUGGAUCGACAAGAUCCUCCUCCACGAGCCCGAAUUGGAUGAUGGGUAUUUCGAUGAGAUUGACUGGCUGCUCGGCUUGUUCGUCAGGGGUCUGCGCACCCCGGCGGACAUGGAAAUCUACCGGCGGGCAAACGUCUUCGAGCGCCUCCUCUCCCUCUAUCAGUCCCCGACGCUGGGAGACUCUCCUCGACGCAAGAUCCUGCACAUCGUCUAUCGGGCUGCACAGGUUGGUGGGAGCACGACGCUCAUCACUCGUGCAGCUAUCAUCAGUUGGAUUCAGGUUCAAGUCACGGCGUCGGAGGCGAAGGACCGGGCUAUGCUUUCAGCGCUCGCUCAGGCUUUGUAUGAGACCUCCGACCGCCAGCGUGUGGAUAGCUGGGGCUGUGGGACUGUAGAGCGGAGUGUUGCAAAGAUCAGAAAGAUGAUCUAA